AUGGGGAAAAACAACCAUUUAAGUGAUUUAGUAAAAAAUGUUCAAUUUUUUGUUAGCACAUGUAGGGAAAAAAAUAAGAAAUUGAUGAGCAUGAGUAGUCUUGAGUUAUCAGAUGACGAAAUAUAUACAACUACAAUGAAUAUUCUAGAAGAUAAAAAAUAUGGGGAUAAAGAUGAUAAGGGUAAUUAUAUUGAAAAUAAUAGUAGCAUCGAAUUUUCAGAUGAAUUAAUGUAUGGUAUGUAUAAAAAAUAUUCUACUACCUUUAGUAAGCAAUUUAAAAAAACGUAUACUGAAGAUGAUUAUUAUAGGAAAUUGUUGAAUAAUUUUGAAAAGGAUAAGAUAAAGAAGUCUAUCGAUCUUAAAGGGAACAAGAAUAAUGUAGAAGGUAUGUUUGAUAGAGCAAUUGGAAUAGAUAAUGAACAGGUUGUUUCAGAAAAUAAUAGUAGUAAUCAUAAUGAUAGUAGUAAUCAUAAUGAUAGUAGUAAUCAUAAUGAUAGUAGUAAUCAUAAUGAUAGUAGUAAUCAUAAUGAUAGUAGUAACCAUAAUAUUAGUAGUAACCAUAAUAUUAGUAGUAACCAUAAUAUUAGUAGUAACCAUUAUAGUAGCAGUCAUUACAGUAGCUGUAGUUUAAGACUAGAAAGGAUGAAAGAAAAAAUGAAACAAAAAAAAAUAGAUGAUAUGAAAAAUGAAAUGAGAGAAUACGAUUUACAUUUAUUGAAACUAUAUAAUAAAUUAGAAAGUAAUGAAAGAAAAAGCAAAUUGUUAAAUAAAAGGAAAAAUGUAUCUUCCCAAAAAAUAAAUAAUAAGACAAACAAUACAAAUAAUACAAAUAAUAUUAUAAAAUAUAAAGAGAAAAAAAGAAAACAUCCUAAAAUAAGUCUGGAUACAUAUAAUUCAGAAAUGUUAAAGAUGAAAAGUGAAAUAAUAUUAAGAAGAAAUAGUACAAUCACAAAUAAAAUAUAUAAAAACAGUAAUAAGAAAAAAAGAGAAAAGAAAGAUCAUAAUAUUCAUAUUAAUAGUAAUGAUAAUAUGUAUGUAACCUAUAAUUGGCGACAAGAUAAAAAAAAAAAAAAUGAUGAUAUGGAAUCCCAAAGUAGUGAAGUUAAAAAAGACAAAAAAAAAAAAAAAUUCAAAUGCAAAAACAAAAUCAAUAUAACCAAAAUGGAAGAAAAGAAUGAAGGAGAAAAAAGUCAAAUAAAAUAUUCCUUUUCAGAAAAUAUGAGAAAAAAAAGUUCGAAAAAUUCAUUUUUUUCUCUUGGGAGUAAAAGGAUGUCUAAGUUUUAUGGUACUACAUCUUCUUCGAAAAAGACACUAGAAAAUGAACACACAUUUUUUGACGAAACGUUAUUAUUAAAUAGAUUAAAUAAAAAAAAAAAUGAUGGAGUAUACGACAUUGGUUGUAUGUAUAUAAAUAAUGAAGAUGUGAGUGUUAAAUGUUCCAACGAUUUAUUUGAUAGUAUUAAAAAAAAAACAAAAAAAAUGGAAAAAAUGGAAAAAAUAGAAAAAAUGGAAAAAAUAGAAAAAAUGGAAAAAAUAGAAAAAAUACAAAAAAUUGCAGAAAUGGCAAAAGUGGCCAAAAUGACCAAAAUGACAAAAAAACCAAAAAAUUUAAAAAAGACAAGUGAGAGAAAAUUUAAUGAUUCUAUUAGUGGUAUUAUGCAAAAUAGUAAGAAUAAAAACAAUAUGAUAAAUAUUUACAAUAAUAAUAAUAGUAUGGUAAAUAAUUAUAAUAAUGUGAUAAAUACUUAUAACAAUGUAGUACAUAAUAAUUAUUAUAAUUUGAAUAGAUCUAAAAUUCUGAAGGAUCAAUUUAAUUCAUUCAUUGAUAAUAGAGAAAACAUCUAUGAUUACAAAAGUAUGAUGAAUAAAUUAGAAGGUAAAGUAGAAAAAAAUAAGAAAAAAAAUAAUUCUUAUAUUGAUAAUAUUAUAAAAAUAAUAAAUUGUUUGGUUGAUGAAUAUGUCCCCAAAUUAAUUGAUAGAUAUGAAUAUUAUGUAAAUACCUUAGAUGAAAAAAAUAAAUUAUUAAAAAUAAAAAUAAAAGAUUCCCUAGAUUUUGGAGACAUACAAUAUGAGGAGAUACGUGAAUUAAAAUCUCAGUUAAUUCAAAAAAAUAAUAAAAAUAAAAAAUUAAAUGAUACAAUAGAUAUGUUAAAAGAUAAGUUAUCAUAUAUGAAUGAAUUGGAAUCUAAAAAUUUUGAAUACCUGGACGAAAUUGUUAUGUUAAGAAAUAGAGUUACUUAUUUAGAAAAAAUAAUUGAAGAUAAUGAUCAAUCCAAAGAAUCGGUAGAAAUUAAAAGAAUACGUAGGAAUUUAAAAAAUAUAUAUAAAAAGAUGAAAAGUGAAAUGAGAUAUAUAAUAAAUUUUAAAUACAAAAAUGAUAAACGAUAUAAAAAGAAGAAAAAAAGGUUCUCUCUAUAUAAAUUGUUGUCUAUAAAUGAUAAGAUGGAACAAUAUAAUAUGGAAUAUAAGAAGGAUGAUAGAAAUAAGGAUGAAAAGAAUAUAGCUCAUAUGUGUUAUAUGAAGGAAGGACAAGGGAGUAGCAAAGGUAUAUUAGAUGAUGAUCAAAUGUUUUGUGUGCAAGAAAAAAGGGAAGACCCACCAAACAAUGAAAAUGAUGAAAAUGGUAAAAAUAGUGAAAAUGAUGAAAAUGGUAAAAAUAGUGAAAAUGAUGAAAAUGGUAAAAAUAGUGAAAAUGAUGAAAAUGGUAAAAAUAGUGAAAAUGAUGAAAAUGGUAAAAAUGGUAAAAAUGUUAAAAAUGUUAAAAAUGUUGGGAAGAAUUAUAUACAUUUUGAUAAACAAGUGGAUACAACCGAUUUGUUAUAUCAUCAUGAUAAUUUAACAAUUGACAACUGUGAGGAAGAGAAGAAAAUAUCAUAUAACGUUUUAAAAAAGAGAAUGAAAGAUAUUACACAAAAUAAUUUUAAACUAGAACAAGAUGUUAAUGAUAUCCAGUUGAAUCAUAAAAAGGUGGGUGCAUUGCUAUUGCCUACAGUGCAGUUAUGUAAUAGUAAUAUAAUUAUGCCUAUAGAAGAUAUUAAAAAAAAUAAUUCUUUACAAAAUAGAGAUGAUAUACUAACAAAUAAAAUAAAGUAUCCUAUUGAUAGAGAUUCUUUAGUUCAUUUGUAUUCUUCACAUCCCAUACCAGUCGAAAGUUAUCCAUACUAUCAUUAUUAUUAUAGUAAUAUACAUGAAACGAAGAAGAAACAAAAAAUAGAUAUAAAUAUAAAUAUGGACAACAACCUGUGUGAUAACAUUUCUUGUUGUAUUAAAGGAGGAGGAGAGAGAAAAAAAAAGAACGUAAGAAAAUUCUUAAGUAUAACUAUUCCAGAGGAACAGGAUUUAAAAAAAAAAAAAAAGAAAAAUAAAAAAAUAAAAUAUAUUUAUAAUAAUGAAACCAUGAAUAAUCAUAAAAUUAUUAGAACAAAAGAUUGUCAAUUAAAAGAUAUGGUUAAAAAAGAGGAAUAUAACCAAAGAAAAAUAAACAGUCCUUAUAAAUAUUAUAAUGUGAACAAAAGAAAGAGAGAUUUUUUAUUUUUCAUGAAUGCAUUAAGAAGGAAUGAUAUAUUAAGUUAUAAUAAAAAAUGUAAAGAUAUUUAUGAUAAUCACCAGCUUGUUCUUGAUAAAAAAUGUUUAGAUAUAAAUAAUGAUUUCAAGAGAAAACAUUUUUAUAAGCAAUGUUUGGAUGUCAGUGUGAAUAAAGAUAAAUAUGAUUAUAAUGUAAGUGAUAAUAAUAUAUAUCAUGGAAGUACUGUAUAUUGUUAUGAUGAUAUACAUUUUGAGGGGAAGGACAAAUACAACAAUAAUAUAAAUUACAACAAUAAUAAUGAUAAUAAUAAUAAGAAUAAUUGUUAUUAUAAUAAUUAUUGUUAUUAUAAUAAUUUUUGUUGUGAGAGAGAGGCUAAUGUAGGAUCGACAUUAUCCUUGAAUAUUAUACCUUAUGAAAAGGUCGAGAUAAAUGGAUUAAUAAAAAAAAAUAAAAAAAAAAGUAAAAAUAACAAUAGCAUUUGUCGUUUUUUAUCUUUUGACUGUUGUUUUAAUAUAAAUAAUACGUCAAAGAAAAAAAAAAGGAACGUUUCUUGGGAGAGCACAAGAAGUAGUAGUCAUGAAUGUGAGGAGAGAAAGAAAGGGGGAUCAGAUUAUAGCAAUAUAUUAUUUUAUAAAAAAUAUGAUGAAAAGGAUGAAGAUACAUCUGUGCAACAUGAUUAUAGUAAUGCAUAUAAUUCAUGUGGAGAAGUGGAUAUGACCAGCACAAAUUAUAAAAAUAAAAUAAUAAAAUAUAACAAUAAUGAUAAUAAUAAUAUUAAUAAUUGUAUAUAUAAAAUGAUUGAUAAUAGUAUGGAUGAGAACCCAUUAUUAUUUCCAAACAAUAUUAUUCUCUCCAAUAAUUUCUUACCACAUGUAAGAGAUCAUAAUAAAAAAGAAGCAACUACCACAUUACAAACACAAACAAAAACAAAAACACAAUGGAAUGUUAAGAAACCUUUCGACUAUACAGGUAAAAAUACAUUUCGUUAUUAUAAUUUAUUUCAUCAAUAUUUGGAUAUAAAUAGAAAGAAUUACAAAAGGAUAAAUGAAUAUCUUCUUAAUAACUUUGCAUACACAUCUGAUAUACCCAGAGGUGGAAGUUAA